AUGACGUCCUCUCCAAUCACCACACCGGCUACUGCUGUGCUAACGCUCUCAACUAAGCGAGCAGUGGGCGUCUGGUCUAGCGCAGAACACGAUCGCUUUCUCGAAGCUCUUAAAAAAUUUCCUCAAGGGCCCUGGAAAGCCAUUACGGAAUACAUCGGCACUCGAUCGGUGCGCCAAGUUCAAACCCACGCACAGAAAUACCAAGAGAAAGUCUCCCGCCGGCUUCACGGCAUUCACACGGGCAAAGCCAUUCGCCUCCGUCGGGAGCACCGCAUCGAUCACGACGUCUUGGCUCUGCCCACUCUCAUCAGUAGAUCACCAGAGCUGCGGAACAGACAUGCACGUCGAAGUCUCCACGAGAUAAAACCCGCUUUAGCAACGACCUCGCCCAGGAUUGUUGCGGAAUCGACAGUCCAGGAGCUUCAGCACCCGACACUGGUGCCCGUGCAGCUGGAUAACAAAGACUACAGCUCAGUAACGGUCGUCGGCACUUCACCAUGCUCAAUAUCUUCGUCCUUCGUUUUUGACGACUCGAUCUUUGCGCUCAUGGACACGGACGACCUCCCGACGCUGAGCGAAUCGCUCGACUUCUUCAUCGAAAACUUUUCGUAG